AGGCUGCCCAGACGGAACAUAAGGGUGUUGCUCCGCCACUGGCCUCCUUUGCUGCCGUGAUGAGGCCACACUCAGGUUGGAGGAGCAACACCAAUGACAUCUUUUCAGAUUCUGAUCAUGACUGCACGUCCUCAGUUAUAAAUGCCUAAUAGCAUAACCAUUACUCGAUAUUAUUAUCCCUCUCUGCGCCUUGUGGCACAUCGGGCAGCAACCUUGCCAUUUCUGUAGCAUCUUGUUUUGUUUUACGAGGCCGAGUUGCUAGCUCGACACUCAACCCAGCAUGGAUGGAAAGCGUGCAAGGGAGCUGGAUUCAAAUCCGGGGCCACUCGCCUUAAAGCCCAGUACUGAUGCCACUUCGCCACUGGCCAGCUAUUACACUAUGUGGGUCCAGAUAAUUUAGACUACAGUGUAGACUAGGAGCAGAAUUAGGUCAUAUGGUCCAUCAUGUCUGUUCUGCCGUUCAAUUAUGUUUUUUAUUUCAAUUGUAUUAGAACAGCACAGUACAGAUCUUUCAACCCGCAAUGUUGUGCCAACCCUUUAACCUACUCUAGGAUCAAGCCAGCCCUUCUCUCCAUUUUUCUAUCAUCCAUGUAUCUAUCUAAGAGUCUCUUAAAUGUCCCUAAUGUCAUCCACGCAACUACCACUUUCUGUAAAAAAAAAGACCUCUAACUUUCCUCCUAUCCCUCCAAACACCUUAAAGUUAAUCCCCCUGUCGUAUUAGCCAUUUCUGCCCUGGGGAAAAGUCUCUAGCUGUCCACUCUCUCCAUGCCUCUUAUCAUCUUGUACACCUUGAUCAAGCCACCUCUCAUCCCCCUGCACACUAAGGAGAAAAGCUUUAGUUUGCUCAACCUGUGCUUUUUGUAUCUGUCAAUCUUUUGUGAGGCAUGUCCUUGAUCACCCCAAUCCCUGUGAGUUUCCCACAUUUGUGCUCUCUCACCAUUUACAUUUGGUUGUUGAGGAUCUCUGUUCCUCGAGCAGUGUGUGCAGAGAUGGAAGGUGUACGUAAUGAAACAAUCUAUAUGGAUGGAUAGCAGACAAAAUAAUGCUCUUCGCUGUACCUCCAGAUACAAUAACAUUAAACCAAUUUUAUUUGUUUUAUUUAACUGAUUCUCAGGUAGGGAGAUUUUCUGUUGAUAAUCAGCCCAGACACCACGUUUGCCUCCUGUCUGCCCACUAAAACGUUCAGUACAAGGGCCAGUAGGGAUGGGCAAGGAAGGAUGUGCUGGCAUUGGAGAGAGUCCAGGGGAAAUUCAUGAGAAUGAUGACAGAAAUGAAAGGGUUAAUGUAUUAAAAGAGUUUGAUGGCAUUGGGCCUAUACUUGCUGCAGUUUUGAAGAAUGCGGAAGGAUAUUGCUGUGUAUUUAGUAUUUAAGUAAUAUUUGAGUAAUAUUGUAAAUACAUUGUUGAUUAAGCGCUCUUGCUUCUUUAAAUAAUUCAUUACAGGUUGCAUGUAUAAAUACGUGAAUUGCAUAUGUCGUCACGUUACCACGUGAUACAUGUGCGCCUCGUUGAAAGUUACCUGGAAGUUAGACCAGCAUUUUGGAUGCCCGUGUCUUCCUAUGAGUCAGUUUAAUGUUUUGAAGUUACAAAACAUAACAGCCUGUAGAGUAUUGAAAGACCAAAUAGAGUGGUGGGUGAGGGGCUGGAGAUACGUCUCUACCAAAGGACUGUAUACGGCACUCCUUUCCUCCGUUGGUCUGCAGGUCACCCCUGGACAAGGUGUAACACCUGCUUAGCAUUCCCCUCCCCACCAGAUCAGUGUCACAUGAAGCCAAGGGUCCAUAUCACAAGUCCUGGCUAUGCGACCACUGAUGCCAGGCAGACAGUCUCUGAAGAGUAUUGAUAAUGGCUGGGGUCACCCGUCUGGUAAAGACACUGCCCAGAAGCAGGCAAUGGCAAACCACUCCUGUAGAAGAAUUUGCCAAGAACAAUAAUGAUCAUGGAAAGACCAUGAUUGCCCAAUUCAUAUGACACAGCACAUAAUGAAUGAAUGGAGUGGAAUUGCAGAUUAAUUUUAACGUGGGACAGUCUAUGAUCAGUUGGCACAGCCUCAGAAUAGAAGGAUAUCCCUUUAGAACAAAGAUGAGGAGACAGUUCUUUCACCAGAAAGUGGUGAAUCUGAGGAAUUUAUUGCCACAGACGGCUGUGGAGGCCAAGUCAUUGGGUAUAUUUAAAGCGAAGAUUGAUAGGUUCUUGAUUAGCAAGGGCGUCAAAAAUUACGAAAAGAAGGCAGGAGAAUAGGGGUUGAGAGGGAAAAUAAAUCAGCCAUGAUGGAAUGGUGGAGCAGACUCGAUGAACAGAGUAGCUGAUAUCUGCUCUUAUAUUUCAUGAUCUAAUAAAUGCACAUCCUAUGAAUGAAUUUAAAAAUAGAAUCUGCCUCCACAUUACAAGCAUUGUACGCUCGGUUGGUUUCAUGUAGUGUGCUCUAAGCUGCAAGGAGGGCUCUAGAUCUGCUAUGUAGGAAGUCGUAAUCUGUCUGAAUUGGAAAAAACAGCAUUUAAUUCAGCACAUCUAUAAACACAGACUCACUGGGGCAUCCAGAUGUAUUCUUUUAUGGUGUACUGGAAUCUGUAAGAUUGUUUGCUUGAUAACUAUGAUUUUCAGAAGUAUUACUAUUAAGUAAGGAAGUAAGCUGAACUUUCAGUGGCUCAUUCUAGGGUGGAGUUUGUGUUGUGUGAUUAACACAGUCCAACCUCCAGAUCGUGACUGGAUAGAUCCGCAGUAGCACUGUAGCUGUGUGUGGGUUUUAUUUUCCCCCCUCCGGUUUUUUUCUCUCUCUCUCUCUCUCUCUCUCUCUGUUCAAGUUGUGCCUUGCGAAGGAAGUUGCCUUGUCUGGGAGGAUUCUGUUGCACUUGAGAGUCAGCGAGGGAAAGGUUGUGAAGAAGUAACGAGGUUUAUGAAGGAGUUCUGGUGCGGCGUCUGACCGGGGAUGUUUGCUUGAAGCUGUGACUGAUGUCAGCUGGCGCUCUGUCAUCAGCGAGCCGGUGUAGAUGCUUGACUUCCCACUUGAACUGUUGCUGGUAUCGCCGCAACCUCCAGCCGGGUUUACAACUGCAGACAGGAACCUUGUGCGAUGCAGCUUUUAACAUCUCCCUGAACUGCAACAGACCAAUGUUCCCUCAAGGAAGGCAGCUCCCAGCUAGCUGUUCUCAUCACUACAGUACGUUCACACCAGAAUUGUCAGUGCUACUGCAUGGGUCCACUGGUCAUUUACACCCAUUGUAACGCAAACCAAGGGAAGAGCGGAGCUGAGAAAGGGACAUAAUGCCGCCAGGAAUCCAUUGUCAUCAGGAUUUCUGGACUGAGGAUGAGAAUCCGGACGUGGAGGUUGAAUUCUUGCUGCCGACAGGGAUUUACUUGAACUUCUGCGUGCCUCGUAGUUCUACAAUUAAGUUCAUCAAAAAGUUGCUUUGGCAGCAGGCCCAGCAUCAGCCGCUUUUCCACACUUUGAAUGAGCCCGACGCCUACGUCUUCACAUGCAUCAACCUCACAGCCGAGCAGGAGGAGUUGGAGGAUGAGCGUAGGCGGCUCUGCGACGUCCGGCCGUUUCUCCCCAUCUUGAAGCUUGUAGCCCGCGAAGGAGACCGCGCAGAAAAGCUCAUUAACUCCCAGAUCAGCCUUCUGAUCGGCAAAGGCCUGCACGAGUUUGACAGCGUGCCUGAUUCCGAGGUGAAUGAGUUCCGUGGGAGCAUGCGCCAGUUUUGUGAGGAGAAAGCCGGGGAGCGGCAGCGCCGAUCCUGGCAAGAGUGGAUGGAGUACAACUUCCCGCGGGAUUUGGAGCCGGUCCCUGAAGUAGUGAAUAACGGCUGCACGCUAAAGCAGAACAUUCGGAACAUUGUCAUUAACGUCAAGUUUCAGUCCAAUGAGGAGAGCUUCAGCUUCCAGAUAUCCUCCCAAUCACCUCCUGCUCUUCUGAUGAAACUGGCCAUGAAGAAAAAAGCCACUGUUUUCCGGCACAAAUCAUUUGAAGACCCAGAAGAUUACACUUUACAGGUCAAUGGGACAGAGGAAUAUAUCUACGGCAACUACCCACUUGGUCGAUUUAAGUACAUCUGUCAUUGUAUGUCCAAUAACCUAACACCACACCUGACAAUGGUCCAUAGCUCCACAAUAAAGACCUACCAAGAUGAACAAAACACUGGCAUCGGGCAGAUCACAAAGAGCCGGACACUUUCCAAGCCACCACCACUUCCCAUUAAAAAGCAGUCAAGCAUCAGUCUCUGGGACCUGGAUAAGCCUUUUACAAUUACUUUGGUAUCAGGAAGCAAAGUUAAUGCAGAUGAAGGAAUGAAGCUUGUUGUCCAAGCUGGCUUGUUUCACGGGAGUGAGAUGCUCUGCAAAACUGUCUACAGCCAGGAGGUCAACGUGAGCUCUGAGCCAGUGUGGAAUCAGAACCUGGAGUUUGACAUCAGUUUCUGUGACCUUCCACGGAUGACACGCCUCUGUUUCGCUUUGUAUGCGGUGAUUGAAAAGGCCAAAAAGGCUCGGUCGACGAAGAAGAAAUCAAAGAAAGCGGAUUGCCCGAUAGCAUGGGUGAACACCAUGGUAUUUGAUUACAAGGACCAGCUGAAGACCGGUGAUGUUUGGUUGUACACGUGGCCGUCAGUGCCGGAUGAAAAGGGAGAGCUGCUGAACCCGAUGGGCACUGUGCAGAGUAACCCAAACACCGACAGCACUGCCGCCUUAAAUAUCCGUUUCCAAACUGUGGUUCCCCACCCCAUCUACUACCCGUCCAUCGAUAAGAUUCUUGACUUGGGGAGGAACGGAGAGCGUGUGAAGGCAACACAGCAAGAGCAAUACCAGCUGAGGGAGAUAAUGGAGCGGAAGACGUGCACUGAGUUUUUCGAAGACGAGAAGGAUCUGGUGUGGAAGCUGAGAUACGAAGUUCGUGACUAUUUCCCUGAGGCCCUUGCUAAGCUUCUCUCGGUCACCAAGUGGAAUAAGCAUGAAGAUGUUGCUCAGGUAAUAUACCUCCUACAGUCAUGGAAAGAAUUGUCUGCACUAAACGCACUCGAGCUUCUGGACUACAGCUUCCCCAGCCGUUACGUUCGGUCUCUGGCCAUCGACUGUCUAAGGAAGUUGAGUGAUGAAGAUCUUCUCCAGUAUCUCCUGCAGUUGGUUCAGGUGUUGAAGUAUGAGCCCUACCUGGAUGCUGAGCUAACCAAGUUCCUACUGGAGAGAGCUUUGACCAACAAAAAAAUUGGACAUUUCCUUUUUUGGCACCUCAGGUCAGAAGUACAUUUACCCGCGGUGUCGCUACGAUUUGGAUUGAUCCUGGAGGCAUACUGCCGAGGAACCAACCACCACAUGAAGUCCUUGUUGAAACAGUGUGAGGCGUUAAAGAAAAUGAAAGCCCUGAAUGACUUUGUGAAGUCCAGCUCCCAGAAGACAACCAGAGCAAAAACAAAAGAGGCCUUGCAUGUGUAUAUGAGGCAGGAGACCUGCAUGGAGGCGCUUUCUAACUUCUACUGUCCAUUGAACCCCAGUAACCUCCUCAAGGAACUUUGGGUGGAAAAAUGCAAGUUCAUGGAUUCCAAGAUGAAGCCGCUGUGGAUUGUUCACAAGAACCAAAGAUCUGAUGGGAACCCGAUGGGGGUCAUUUUCAAGAAUGGAGACGAUCUUCGUCAGGAUAUGUUGACAAUACAACUGAUUCAGUUAAUGGAUGUUCUGUGGAAAAAACAGGGUCUGGAUUACAGGAUGAUUCCUUAUGCCUGUCUCUCCACCGGAGAUAAAACGGGAGUGAUCGAGGUGGUUCCACAUUCGGAGACCAUCGCGAAUAUCCAGCUCAAUAAAAGCAAUAUGGCAGCCACGGCAGCUUUCAAUAAAGAUGCUCUUUUGAACUGGUUGAAAUCAAAGAACCCAGGGGAGGCACUGGAACGAGCCAUUGAAGAGUUCACCCUCUCGUGUGCCGGCUACUGUGUAGCUACCUACGUGCUUGGAAUCGGUGACCGACACAGUGACAACAUUAUGAUCAGGGAAAACGGACAGCUCUUCCACAUUGACUUCGGACACUUCCUGGGAAACUUUAAGAGCAAGUUUGGCAUCAACCGGGAGCGGGUCCCUUUCAUUUUAACACACGACUUUGUCCACGUGAUACAGCAAGGGAAAACCAACAACAGUGAGAAGUUUGAAAGGUUCCGGAAACAUUGUGAACAAGCCUACAUGAUUCUCCGAAAGCACUGCCCCCUCUUCAUUAAUCUCUUUGCACUGAUGCAGGCUGCCGGACUUCCUGAGCUGAGCUGCGCCAAAGAUAUCCAGUAUCUCAAGGAUUCGCUUGCUUUGGGGAAGACGGAGGACGAGGCUCUGAGGCAAUUCAAGAUGAAGUUCGACGAGGCGCUGCGAGAGAGCUGGAAGACCAAAGUGAACUGGAUGGCUCACAAUGUCGCCAAGGACAAUCGGUCAUAGCUGAGUCGUUCAGCCGGCCUCUUCUCAUGAAAGCUCCAGGAGGCAAAGUAAUUGGAAGCAAUGUGUCAGAAUACUACCCAGACAAACCAACCUGCGUAUGAAGAAUAUAACACAUUUUUUCAACUUUUCUUUUGUGAACUUUGAAAGAUGUUUACAAGUGCCCGCUCUGACUGCAGCCUUUCCUGGGUACGGACUUGGCACUGAAUAUACGAUGUAAAUACCCACUUUCAGAGGGGCCUUCACCAGUCUGUUGCACUCUGAUACGACCGGUUACUGUCUCAGAUUUCUCCCCCAUGUGAUAUCUGUUAAGCUGGUGCGGACAGCAGGUCCACAGCCACCAGACUAAUCGGGGAAAGGUCACGUGGAUGACCCCAGCUCCUAAGACAACUCUCCACUUCUGGCCGCAGGCCAGUCGAAGAAAUCCCGAAAGAGCAAAACGGUCGACGUCUUCCAGUGUCUCAUCCCCCUAGCUCGGCGCUGUCUGUCCAAAGUGAGGUGGUCUGCUUCUGUGAAGCAUCGCAACCGGGAAUCACGUUACCACUGAGGUGGACUCGUCUGAAGAGCUUCGUCCAUUCCCAGCACAGUUAGGCCUUUGGUCUGCCUGGACUCUGCACAGCGAAUUGCGCCUCACAGCUUGGUGCUUCUACAUCAUGAGUGCGAGGCCAUUUUCCCAACCUCUGUAGGCUGUCCCUGCUUCCUCAGUCAGUAACGAAUCUUGUUUCAAGUUGUGUGUGAUUGAAAAUGGAUCUGUAGGGUACUAAUUUAAGGUGCUUUGAUACUGAUGGGUACGAAGUAAUCAAUACCUUUUCAUGAUGAAGGUUGCCCAAGCCUCCACUCCUUCUGUCGUAGAGGGCAAGGUUGGAAAGGACCAGUGUUGGGUACAGCUUAAUUUAUCUCUUUCCUUGAUGGCAACGUCAGAGUAAUGGGACUUGGUGGGGGUAAAUGGAUUCUGAUUCAUGUGACAGUGUUG